AAUUUGCUACCUUAGAUGUAAAGAGAAAACUAAGAAAAAUUUGUUUACUAACUACAAAACAGUGUUACAACUGAAAUAAAUUAUCUCUGAUAACGGAUAUUUAUGAAAGUUUUCACUACGAAAUACUAUAGAAUGACUUAACUACGGAUCCAGAGAACCAAUAGAAACAAGUAGCCAUUUAAACGGUUAUUGGUUUAUCUUGGCAUUCUGUGAUAGGUAGCCAUAGAGUAAUACUAUAGGUAGCAUAAUCUCAAAAUCGGUGUAUAAAAUGUUAUCAGUAUAAAAUUCAUGGUAUCAAAAGUACAAUGAUAACAAUUGAAAUUCUCCAAUUGACUGAUUCACGUGUUAUUGAGAAUUUUCUAUAGAGUGUUGACCAAAAUCAAAAAACAGGGUCCAAAAUGUCGAAUCCAGCAUGGGCUGAUGCUAUGAGCAAAAUAUUGAAAACCAAGAAACGGAAAGGAAAAUCAUUAAUAUUAUCCAAAGCAAAAAUAAUUUCUGCAACCGAUUUAAAUAAAAUAAAAAAAGAAAAAGAGGAUAUAGUGGAUUCGUUUGAAGUUGUAGAUGAAGGUGGUCAAAAAGUUGUUCUGCCUGUUCAUGUUGAUGAUGUUAAAGAAGAAAAAUUAGAUUUAGAAAAUUCAGAACCUAAAAUAUCUAAUCGAAUUCGAAUCAGAGACCAAGUUUUAAUGGGAAGACAAAAACCUUCUGUCAGUGAUAGAGUUAAAGAAAAGAAUUUAUCCAAAAUUGCUACUAAAGGUGUUGUUCAAUUAUUCAAUUUGGUAAAACAGCAACAAAGAACUGUAGAAAAAAAAUUAAAAGAUGUAGGACCAUCACUUUUAAAACAAGAUAAAGUCUUGGAAUCUCUGGAUAAAAAAUCAUUUAUAGAUUCCAUUGAUCAUAGAAAAGAAAAUGAUGAAGUUGGAUGGGAUGUUCUUCGUGAUGAUUUUAUGGGUGGAACUAAAAUUAAAGAUUGGGACAAGCAAUUAGAAAACAAUAGUGAAGAUGAUGAAAUUAAUAUUUAAGAGGAAUUAAUACUUUAAUUUGUACAAAUAAAAAUAUAUAGUACUAUAUCUAA